AUGGUGAACUCAACUUCUCACCCCUUGGGCUUGAGCCUGCGGAAGAAGCUUGGAGCAUUUGUAGAAGCUUCUAAGGUAAUUGAAGACACGUCCUCUCUGUUUGUAGCAGAGAAAGCGAGGUGGAUUCUUGUCAAAGAUCCAUUCAGCGUCAUCUACUGCUUGAUCACCCCCCUCAUUCGUUUAGCCGCAGAUGGCCUAUCGAGGAAAGCACCAGCUUUGUUGGAUACUCUUGAGCUUCUUGUGCGCAAAAUCAUCCGCCUUGACUUGCCCAGGCAAUCUCAGCCUGGCGGCGGAUUGGUUUUCCGGGAGCGAGGUUGUGGGUUCUGUGAGGAUUGUGCUGAACUGGAUCGAUUCCUGACUUUGCCUCAGGAGACUGUCUGGGAGUUCAACGCACCAAAAACUCGAAGGUUGCAUAUCGAGCACGCUAUUGGGGAACAAAAGUCGCUCCAAGCCUUAAGGAUAUUGGAUCAGACAACCGGCACGUGUGAGAAACUCAAAGUGACCAAGAUAGAGGCCCAGGCUGAACCUGACUUACGAAGCUGGGUUUUCAACUACAAUGGCUUAAAGAGAGUUCUUCAACCUCUCCGGGGUGACUUCAUGAGGAAUGCACUUGGUGAGCAACGAUACCAUGAGAUCAUCUUGCUGGCGGGAGUAAGUCCAUACGGACCGCCACUGAAUUCACCUGAAGUGAGAAGGCCACCCACUGAGGACGAAUCGCAGCCUGGUCAACGACUUUGCACCUCCGAGAUGGGCGGCAUAGACCAGGGUUUGCCGCACAAUCAAAGAGAAGGCCAAACAGCAAGCCAAACAGAAGCGGGCAAUUUUUAG